CCGACGCGAACCACCGAUGUCUGCAACGAAGGACGCGCCGACUGCCUACGCUGCGAGCUGCAACCCGCCGCGCCGCGCUAAGCGGCACCACGCGGGCUCGGUCACCGAGCUGGACCGGCCGGGUGCCCUCCAGGGUCUCGCGUCGUCCGCCGAUAAACCCCAACAACGUCGCGCGCCGCGGCCGCCUAUCCUCCCCAAGCAGCCUCAGGUUGUUGACAAGGAGUAUCACAUCCCGCCGUCGCCCGCGUCGGACUCGGGCUCUGAGGAGGACGAGUACGACCCGGACAGGGAGUCCACCAGCGUUCCGAAACGACGCGGGCGCAAGCCUGGCACUAUGUCCCGCACUGCGCGCGAAUCGCUCCGGAAGCUGAACCACUCGAAGAUAGAGAAGGCACGACGCACCAAGAUCAACGAGACGCUCGCAACGCUGAGCACCCUUGUAAAUGACCGCGGCAGCGUCGUUCCAGCUGGGCCUGGCCAGAGCGAGGACCCGAAGGAGGACGACGGAAAGGGGAAGAAGGGGAAGGGGAAGACGGAGGAGAAGGAGUUCAAGCUCGAUGUGCUUGUGAAGGCGGUAGAGUACAUGGAGGACCUCAUUUCGCGCGUGAAGGCGCUCGAGGGCACGAUGUGCGCGCAGUGCCGUCCCACGGAACGUCCGUCUUCACUCCCCGCGUCCCCACCCGCGACGAAGCGCAAGCACGUCGAGGAUGCGAUGGACGUCGUAGACCCAGCGAACUCCCCCAGGCCGAAACGCCCUCAUCAUCGCCAGGACGAGGACGAGUCGUACGGCGGGGACGACGAGCACGGGCUCGGCAACGGCGCCGAGGAGGAGCAGCCUUCGCCUGUGCCCUUCAACGUCCAAAAGGCCACCUCGAGGUCGCCCGGCUUCAACACCCCCUCCCCCCGUCUUCCGCCCAUCGCGUCGUGGCUCCCCCACCCCUACGUCGACCCAAGCAGUCUGAUGUCCGGGUCGCCCUCCGCUGGUCCGGUACGGUCCCCAACGAACGUACAGCUCCCCUCCCCACCUGCGUCCGGCCGAUUCCGGCCCACGGCAACGCUCGCCAGCAUGCCCUCGCUGACGCUGCCGGGCCCAGCACACCCCAUGGUGACUGUGCCUCAGGGCCCGAAUGCGCCGAUGCCGCCACGACACGGGCGCAAGUCGGUGUCCAUGUCGCCGUCGGUGUCGCCGUGGACGCCGGAGGACGAGACCGCUGCGUCGCUUUUGCUCCAGAUGAGCUCGAAGACGAGCUCUGUGUCGAGCUCGCGAAGCCCACCCGCAUAUACGGGGCCGCUAGGCGUCCUGUCGCCUAAAGAGAUGAUGGGGAGCGGGAGAGAACGCCUGGUCCCGAGGGCGGUGGAGGCCGUCACUCCGGGCUCGCUGUUGGGGAUGCGGGACUGAGUAUAAGCAUAUGGGCUGGAUCGAGGUUCGGAACGUUUAUAUCCUUUUUUCUCCUUCUUCUUCUCUUGCACGGUUUGGGCAUGUGUAUUGUGCAUUGUGCGUUGCGCGAAGAGAGGCUUGCUUCGGUGGAUUCCUGUAACUUUAUAAAAUUAGACGUUCAUACCUGGCGCUGUACGCUAUGUAGGUCUGAGGUGUAAGAUAGAGAAGCUGUUGUAACGUAGUACGCAUGUCAAUGAUUUUAGAGGUGAAUGCAGAUUUU